AUGGGUCCGACAUCCAUCCUUACACCAGAAGAGGAGCAUAAAAUAUGCGACUGGGUGCAAAAAAAUGGCAAAAGCGGGUUUUCCUGUGACAACCGAAUAGUUAAUUGUAGAACAUGGGUAAAGGCCUUCAUUCGGCGAAAUCCAACAAUUUCCAAGAGGAUAUCACAAAAUUUGAGAGCAUCGAGAGCCAGGGUAACAGGUGAUCACCUAUCAGAAUGGUACAAAUGUGUGUAUAAGGAGUUGGAAGAUAGUGGCCAGGCCUAA